AUGGACGAGGAAGUGGGGCUCGUCAUAUGCAUGCUGGCAUCAGGGUUCAUCCUUCUUCUGCUGCGUCAACAUCUUCGGCGUCUUUGUGGAAAGCGAUUGGAAGAGGCACAAGAUGCAAUACCUCCCUACUGGCAGAAUGCAGGCAAGUCCUUAAACGCAACGGACCCAGCGGACAGGUCAAGUCCGGAUUACUUUGAUGAUAUAUAUCCAGUGUCGCUACAGAACCGCGAAAUUCUGCAAGGCUUCCUCAACGAGACCAGCUCGAACACUGAAAUUCACUUCAGCCUUGUGAGAGCUGUUCGUGUGGAGCACUCCCGCUUGUGGCUCCAUUACCAGGACAAGGCUGCCCGUAUGGCUUCGAGGAAAAUGCAGUUUAAGGGCCUUGGGCCUCCUUCCACAAACCAGGCGUUAACAAAUGUCGAGAGCGAUGGAUGGGAUGGUGGAUUUGUGCAUGCGAUGGAUGAAGAGGUUUGUGAGGCUUACCUUUUCCAUGGCACCGAUCCACAUUCUGCGCUGAAGGUGAAGGCGAGCCGUGCGGGGAAGCGCUUCGGCUUUGGCGGUUAUUUCUCUGAAGAUCCGGCAGUGGCAGACCGCUACGCCGGGGAGGGUGAAGGCCUCUACCGUGCCUGCUACGCAAUGCUUCUGUGCCGUGUGCUCUUGGGUCGUCAGUUCCACACCACUGCGUUCCGCGAUGAAGACUGUGCCGAAGAGGCAUUCCGAAAAGGUUUCGACUCCGUCUUGGCAGAGCCGCACGGGGCGCUGCACCGAGAGUUUCUGGUCUUCGACGGACACCAAGUCUAUCCAGAGUACGCAUUAGUCUAUGAGCGCCAGGCCAGCGAUGCCUUUUUCUGCCCAAGUCCCGUUCGCCGUUAUUGGGCCGGCGAAGGAGGCGAAGGCUUCUUGGGUAGCGAAGCCCGCGAACAGGCACGGCGCCUGCCAGCAUACUGGUUCCAUGCUGCCAACGACUCCGAAGGUUUCACAUUCCAUGACACGCACCCCGACCCGCAGAUGAAAGCUGUGCUGGCCGAGCUCAUGGACCGGACAUUCCUGAGCGAUUUCGGCUCCAAGACGAUGGGCCUGCGGGUUCUGAAGGUUCUCCGAGUCGAGGACUCCGAAAUGUGGCAGACCUACCGAGCCAAGCAGCGGCAGCUCCGAGAAUGCCACAGACGCCGGGCGAGAGACCGGGCGAGAGAGAAAGCGGCUGGCAAGACUGCACGCGUGACAAAGACGGAUGCUGAAAUGGAGGAGGUACUGCAAGUGCAUACCAUGGAGGCCACGUAUGGCUAG